AUUUAAAUAUCCUUCCUUGCGUUCCAAUUAUAGGAAAAUAAGUGACUAUCUGGCUUUUUGCUUCUAAAAUCUACAAUCAACAAAAUUUCUGUUGUAGAACUUGAUCCCAAAUCGCGGUAAGGUACAGAUUGACUUUGAAGACACCGGUAACAUCUUUCUUGAAGGAGCACCAGAAGAGGUGAAGUCUGCCCACUCAAUUCUUUCUGCGGAGGUUGCUCGUCUUCAAAAAGAAAUGUGUAUUGAGAAAGUAAAGGUGCACCCAAGCCUCCACAGACAUGUCAUCGGUAGAGGCGGAGCAUUAAAGCUUCUAAGUUUUGUUGCUUUUCCCCCCAAAAUCAACCGCUACCGCCAUAUUCUAGUCACAAAGAUCAAGGAUGAAACGGGAGUGCAAAUCUCAAUCCCGAACGAGCAGACAAACUCGGAUGAGAUUGUCGUUGAGGGAAAGAAGGAUGGCGUGAAAAAAGCCGUCGAGGAAAUUCGAGCAAUUGUGUCGAAGAUCGAAAAUGAGAAGUCCCGCGACAUAAUUAUCGAACAGCGUCUCCAUAAACUGAUUAUUGGGGCAAAGGGAGAGAAUAUCUCAAAGAUCCGCGACGCUCAUCCAAAUGUCGUCCUUUCAUUCCCCGAUGUCAACAAGAAGUCUGACGUGAUCAACAUUCGAGGUGACAAGAGUGAAGUAGACAAAGUGUACAAGCAACUCCAGACGUUGGCAAAGGAGCUUGCUGAAAACAAUUACCAAGAAACGGUACCCAUCUUCAAGGAGUUUCACAAACAUAUAAUUGGAAAAGGAGGUGCAACAAUAAAGAAAAUCCGCGAAGAAACUCAGACCAGAAUCGAUCUUCCAGAGGUGAGGUUCUAUAGUCAUUGUAAUGUGCAAUGAUA